CUUGACAGCAAGACGAACGGCAAGCAAGCGGUUCAUGUCAUCGUUUUUCGCUUUUUUGGAGUUUUGGGAUUUUGGAUUUCGAUUCCAAAAAAAAAUAAUAAUUUGCGUAUGGUGGUCGCGUGCGUUCAUGCAUAAAUUGUUUUUGUCUAGAAGUGAAGGAAGCCGCUGCUUUAUCUCGUUGACCAUAAUCUGGUGAUUUUGGUCUGCCAAAAUGACGGUCGAUGGCGAUGAAAAGCCGCCUAACGAUCGUGUUUUUAUGGACAUUUCCAUCGGUGGCCUGCCUUCAGGGCGUAUAGUAUUUGAGCUGUUUAACGAUGUGGCGCCUAAAACCGCUGAAAAUUUUCGUGCUUUGUGCGUAGGAGAUGCGGGCGUGGGUAAAGUUACGGGGAAGCCGCUCACAUACAAGGGAAUGGUGUUCCAUCGUGUGGUGAAAGACUUCAUGAUCCAAGGAGGUGACUUCACCAAUGCCAAUGGUACUGGUGGGGAAUCUAUUUACGGUGGUACUUUUGAAGAUGAGACAUUUGAGCUGAAGCAUGAUAGACCAUAUUUGUUGUCUAUGGCUAACAGAGGCAAGGAUACCAACGGAUCUCAGUUUUUUAUAACAACACAGCCGGCGCCGCAUCUCGACAACGUGCACGUAGUGUUCGGACAGGUGGCGGGCGGCGCGGCGCUGGUGCGGCAGCUGGAGGCGCUGCCAGUGGACCGCCGCGCGCGCCCGCUGCAGGACGUCGUCGUCAGCGCCGCGGGACAGCUCGUCAAGGUCAAACCCGGAAAAAAGCGAAAGCAAGAGAAGGAGAAAGGAAAUGAAGACAGCGAGGUGGAGUCCGAAAAGGAGCACAAGAAGGAUAAGAAGAAGAAGAAAGAUAAGAAGGAAAAGAAAAAAAAGAGGCACCACUCAGACCCGUCUGGAGAAGACGAAGAAGAACCACAACAACCGGCCCAUCCACUUGUGAUGACUUCCAAGAUCGACCCCCGGGAAAUUCCCGAUGUCCCAACCAACAGGUUUCUCAUGAGAGGAGGGCGAGACCAGGACAAGGAUAGGCCGGACCCUAGGAGGGACAGGGAGAGGAUGCGUUACCGCGAAAGGGACAGACACUCAUACACACGUAGUGGCAGAAUCAUUAAGGGCAGAGGUGUUUUCCGUUACCGAACCCCGUCCCGUUCGCGUUCGCGUUCCCGUUCGGUGACCCCGCCUCAUUGGAGGCAAGCGCAGCGGAGAAUCGUCAAGCUGUCGGAAUUUGAGCGCGUGGAACAAGAACGCGAGAAAGAUGACACAGAAAGGCAGAGAACUACCAGCAGGCAGAUCAGCGGCGAUGCAGAAGGCGGUACUCCGGAACAACCCCGCGAAAAAGAAGAAGGCGAAUGCGACACCACUUUGGAAAAAUCAAAAGUCGACUACAAUGCUCUGGAUUUUGAAGAAGAUAUAGAGCACGAAGACGAGUCCGUACCCCAAAAGCGUCGCGGCGAAGUCCGCCGUCGCGAGCGUCCUGAACGCAACGAUCGUUCUGAGCGUAGUGAUCGUUUUGAGCGCUUUGGGCGCAACGAGCGAGCGGAGCGCCCGGGCGAGAGCAGAGCUGAUAUUCUCGCCAUGGCUUUAGGGGUGAACCCUAAACAUGAUCAACAAGAUGCCCGAGAAACUCGUGACGUUCGCCGUCGCGACGGACUGCAAUCCGCCGUGUAUUCCGCCCCCAAAAUACCUUCGGCUGUGGUGUCCGAACCCCCCAAACAGCAACCUAAGAGGAGCGACGACAACGCUGGCGGUUAUGAUCCUUUUUCCAUGUUGAGGAGCACCUUUAACAGGGAGAAGGAUGUGCAACGGAAAGAUGUGAGGAAAGAAGAUCUCCGUUCUGAACUAAAUCGCCGCAGCGAACGAGAUCGCGCUGAACGCGAGAAAGAUAUAGGAAGGGAAGAUAAAAGAGAACGCCCUAAUAGUGAGGACGACCGCUAUAAGAGUGACAGAGACAGUCGUAAAAAUGACAAAGAACGCCACAAGAGUGAAAGAGACGAAGAGCAUAAAGAAAGAGAACGGAAACAUUCGGAAGCUAAAGGCAGAGAGGUAUCUAAGGAGCGUUACAGCGAGAUACGUGACAAAUCUCACGAUUAUAGAGAGAAGUCGAAGGACAGAUACAAAGAUGAUGAAAAGAGAUCAAGAGAAAUACACAGUGAGAAACGCGAUCGUUCCGGCGAGAAACGCGAUCGUUCCCGUGAGAAACGUGAACGUUCCGACGAGAAACGCGAUAAAGAUGACGACAAACGCAGGUCUAAAGACCAAGAGAAGCGAGAACGAUCCAAAGACAGGUACAAAGAUAGCGAGAAACGUGAACGAUCGCGCGAGAAACAUGAGAAAUCUAGGGAUAGAUACAAAGACGAUGGUGGACGUGAUAGGUCUAAAGAUCGGUAUGAUGAUAAACGUCAAAAGUCUAAAGAUAGAUCCAAGGAUGACGAGAAGAGAGACAGGUCUGAGAGGCGCCGCGAUAGCGAGGAAAGAGAUAGGUCUAAGGAGAGACACGAUAGACGUAAGGAUGAUAGGAGUAAGACUAGAGAAGAUGAUCUAGAUGGGAAGGAGAGGAGGCGUUCGCGGUCUAGAAGCCGCGAUAGGUCGCGAACUCCCAGAAGGCGCGAUCGGAAGCGUUCGGAUUCUGAACAUAAGGACAAGAGAGACAAGAGUCCAAACGAAGAGGAGAAGAAAAAGGAGGAGGAACGUUUGGAAGCCAAGAAGGAAUUGAUGGAGAUAGUCCGUCUCAUCAAGCUGAGACAGCGAGACAGGGAAAAGGCUGCAGAAGCGAAGAAGAAGCGCGAUUCGUCCGCUAGUUCUUCAGAGUCGGACCGCGGUCGGUCGCGGCGGCGGUCGUCGGACCGCGACCGCAAGCGAAGCCGCAGCAGAGGCCGCCGCGAUUCCCCCCGACGCCCGCGUCGCUCGCGCAGCUCAUCGCGCCAUCGCUCCCACCGCAGGCGAUCGUCUUCACACUAAACGUUAUAGGUAACAAGACCAUGGAAAUAAAACACUUCUAUUUUUUAAUAAAAUAUAAUUCCCAAUGAUCACCCCCAAAUAAUCCAGUCGCAGACAGAAAAGCCUAGGUGGCUACCAUCGUGAAACAUAAAACACACACGUCAUUGCGUUCUCUCUUUUACACAAUGCGUAAACGAUAUGGGAAAGCGAGACAGCAUGUGGACGUUAGUAACGUGCUACGUGUUUGCAUAUUGCGUGGUAGACUAUCUGACCACUGUGGUAGAUAGAUAAACUAUUUAUUGCACCACCAGAAAAAUCUUAAGUUAUAACUGGGUAUUCAAACAUAAAUGAUCGCAAAGGCGGACUUAUCGCUAAUGCAAUUUCUUCUAACCUUUGGAUGGAAAGAGAUAGAAGUGAACUUAGGGUAAGACUGGUAGUAAUUUAAUUAAGGGUUUGUCUGCCUCCGAGUGCCCACAAAUAGCUAUGUCGAAUCUUCAUCGGAAAUAUUUUAAAUUUUCGACUUUCUCUCAAUUUUAUUAUGAAACAUUAUUGUUUUUCUAGCGCAGUCGGGUUACAGUUUAUCGUGGUAUUUUAUUUUCGUUGUCUGUUUACACUUUUACACGUACAAUUAAUUUAAAAACUAGUAGUGACGACGAAAUCUAAUUUAAAUUUAACGGUAGUGAAAUUGUAACUUCCUCAAUAAAUUUAUCUAUUUUGUAACAAAUCUGUUAUGUGUUUUUGAAGAAAUACAAAAAUAUAUAGAUAGAUCAUAAUAGCAAUUUUUUUUUAUCUUAUGAAUAUAAGUAUGAUAAUGCCCUCUUUGACAUGUACUUUUUCGAGUGUUUCUGACACCGGCCACACAUUAACGCGCUGCAGCUUGCCGAACUUUGCGAAUUCGGUAUACAUUGCUUGUUUUUCAUUGCGGUAUAUAUACUAUACUACACAAUGUUCAUGCAUUCGCGUCGGCAUCUAUCUGAGUUCAUAGUGUGUAGCCCGCGUGGCAAAAGUUACAAUCGUUGUUCAGAAAAAAUAUUAUAAUAAAAUUAUAAAAUCUGUUGAUUUAUAUAGACGUGGUUGGUUCGAUCCCAAAUUGUUUUUACAAAAUGACGAUUUAAAAUUUAAUAAUAAAUAAAGUCAAGAAUAAAGUUGAAGUAGCUAGUUCUGUAGUUAAAUACAUUAAUCUUGUUUAGAUAAAACAAAAAUAUAAAUAUUUUCAGCAUUACUUUUCCAUCUGUUUCCUCAUGUUUUGUAAAUCGUAUCUUAUCACAUUUAUGUUUAAAUGCGAAAGUAUUGUAGUGUGUCUUACGCAACGGCGACAUUUCUACUAGACGUAUUUGAAUGAAAAUUGUGUACGUUUUAUCACAAAAUUCCUACGGGAACGAAGACACGGCGGGAAGAGGUUCGGCUAGUUACUUAUUAUACAUCAAUUUAAGAGUAGUGUUGCCAAUCGACAGGCCUUUAGCGUAUGAUUAUCGAUAGUGGGACUAUCUACUAGUACCCGAAACUAUCGAUAGUAACGAAACCAUCGAUAAAGAAACUAGAUCUUUCGCCAACACUAUAUAAAUGAGUUUGUUUUUAUUCAAAAGCCAUCAUUACUUGGCAUGAAAAAUAUAGAAAUACUUGUUUUUUUUUUAUUUCGGCGCCGUUCCGUGCUAAUUUCCUUUUAAUUCUUAUUUAAUGGGUUUGACAUCUAUAAUGUUUUUUAAAUAAAAUUUAGCCCAUUACAAAUUUAAGCUAUUUAAAUAUCUCUAAGUUAUAAAAAAAUGUUUGAUUCAGUACUAGAGUAUGGUGUCUUUUAGUUAUUAAAGUUUACCUUCUCAA